UAAUAUCUAAUCCGGAGGCCACCGCUCAUCAUCCAUGGCUUCCGUCCUACGCGUCGCGCCUUUCCUCUCCCCUCGCCUCGCCCGUCUCGCUCGCUUCCCCCGCGCACUCCCUUCAAGAUUUCCGAUUCGAAGAGUCUUCGCUGCCUCUCGCUUCUCCUCCACCUCGCCGUCUUCGGUCUCCGCUCUUCCUUCGCCGCCGCCGGAAACCCUACCUUCCGAUCGCCGGUCCGAAGCUCCGACGAGUUCUCCGCUGCAAUGGGUCUCAAGAACCGCGUUCUGCGGCGACCUCGGGGUUGAGGACGUCGGGAGGCGCGUCCGGCUCUGCGGCUGGGUAGCCCUCCACAGGGUUCAUGGCGGCCUCACCUUCCUCAACCUCAGGGAUCCCUCUGGGAUCGUUCAGAUUACGACGCUUCCUGAUGAGUUCCCGGAUGCCUAUUCUACUGUGAACAAGCUGAGGCUUGAGUAUGUAAUCGCUGUCGAAGGGAUUGUCCAGCCUCGGCCAAAAGAAUCUGUAAAUAAUAAGAUGAAGACUGGGGCUAUAGAGGUUGCUGCAGAGCAUGUUAUAGUAUUAAAUUCUGUAAAUCGUGCAUUGCCUUUUCCUGUUACUACUGCAGACGAUGUAAAAGAUAUUAUUACGGAGGAGAUCCGUUUGAGAUACCGGUUCCUUGAUUUACGUCGGCAACAAAUGCAAUCCAACCUGAGGUUGCGGCAUAGGGUGGUCAAGGUACUUCGGCGCUAUUUAGAGGACAAACAUGAUUUUGUGGAGAUUGAGACUCCAAUACUAUCUAGAUCCACACCUGAAGGUGCCCGGGACUAUCUCGUACCGUCACGUGUUCAGCCAGGGACAUUUUAUGCUUUACCUCAAAGUCCACAAUUGUUCAAGCAAAUGCUGAUGGUCUCUGGAUUUGAGAGAUAUUAUCAGAUAGCAAGGUGCUUCCGUGAUGAAGAUCUAAGAGCAGAUAGGCAACCUGAGUUUACACAGCUAGAUAUGGAAUUGGCUUUUACACCUUUGGAAGAGAUGCUGAAACUUAAUGAGGAUUUGAUAAGACAUCUCUUUCAAGAGGUAGCCGGUAUACAACUUCCGAAUCCUUUUCCAAGGCUUACAUAUGCUGAAGCAAUGAGUCGAUAUGGGUCGGAUAGGCCAGAUCUUCGCUUUGAUUUGGAACUAAGAGAUGUUAGUGACAUUUUUUCAGGAAGUAAUUUCAAGGUUUUUGCGGAUUCAUUAGAAAAUGGAGGCACUAUAAAAGUGUUAUGUUUGCCUUCAGGUGCCAAAAAGUUUUCAAACACAGCCCUCAAGAAGGGUGAUAUCUAUAAUGAGGCAAUUAAAGCUGGAGCAAAGGGUUUGCCAUUUCUCAAAGUUUUGGAUAAUGGUGAGCUUGAAGGAAUCCCUGCUUUAACAUCAAGUCUAGAACCUGAAGAUAGGGCACAGUUGCUGAAACGUUGCUCUGCAGAGGCAGGUGAUCUUAUUUUGUUUGCAGUAGGUCACCAUACAAUGGUUAACAAGACACUUGACAGACUCAGAUUAUUUGCUGGCCAUGGAAUGGGGUUAAUUGACUGUUUCUCGCAUUCGAUUCUGUGGAUAACAGACUUUCCAAUGUUUGAGUGGAAGGAGUCAGAACAGAGACAUGAGGCUCUCCACCACCCUUUCACUGCACCAAAUCCUGAAGACAUGGAUGAUCUCUCUUCAGCUCGUGCUUUGGCUUAUGACAUGGUCUAUAACGGGGUUGAGAUUGGUGGGGGAAGUUUGAGAAUAUAUAAACGUGAAAUACAAGAAAAAGUUUUGGAGAUUGUCAGUAUCUCCCCUAAGCAGGCUGAAGAAAAAUUUGGUUAUCUACUGGAGUGUCUUGACAUGGGGGCUCCUCCACAUGGUGGAAUUGCCUAUGGUUUGGAUCGGCUGGUGAUGCUUUUGGCUGGUGCAAAUUCUAUUCGAGAUGUUAUAGCUUUUCCAAAGACCACAACUGCCCAAUGUGCACUUACUAAAGCACCAUCAAAGGUUGACCCAGGGCAGCUGAAGGACCUGUCAUUGGCUGCCUCAUAGAACAUGAUAUUAUACGGUUUUCACUAGUUUGUUUUAUUCUUGUUCUGUAAUAUAAUUGUUAUAACUAGAUGCCAUCAUAUGAGAGGUCAAAGCUUUUUUUUUUUGGCGCGUUCAUAUAUUUUUAAGAGGGUGAACCAUUUUCAUGCUGGGUAGGAGGGCUUUUGUUGUGAGAAUGGCAGCUACAGAAUCAUUCCUUUCUAUUUAUUAAGAUAUUAAUUUGUGCUUCUUUAUUGA